UCAGAGGGCAAAGAGAACCGAGAUGUUAAACACGGCUAAGUCUUCUUGCCCCAAAAUCGUGGCUCGAAAGUGGUUAAAUUUGCAACGAAGAGCCGACGAGUUUCAGUCUGACUACGCAAUAAGCAGAGAUCAAACCCAGAGAAGAAAGAGUUCCUCUCACGUUUUCAUACCUGAAGAAGAUUUUUCAGAUCGGUGGUGGUUGAUGGGAGCUACCGAUGGAGUUAAACGACGGUGCGCAGCCGAACCGGAAGCAACACCUGUCACGGACAAGCCAAAUCUCAGGAUGUUCGUGGGGACAUGGAAUGUGGGAGGGAAGGCUCCUCACGAGGGCUUGAACUUACAAGAUUGGCUAAACUCACCUGCUCCUGCUGACAUCUAUGUCUUGGGGUUCCAGGAGAUCGUGCCUCUAAAUGCAGGGAAUGUCCAUGGGGCAGAGGACAAUGGUCCACCUGCCCAAUGGCAGUCCCUCAUUGGUCGUGCUUUGAACGGAAACAACAACUGCUACGAUGACCGACAACAAGAAACAGCAGGCCUGAAACCCAGACUCAGUUUCUCCGACUUGCUUUCGUUAGAAGAUGAGAUUGGCAAUGAAGAUUUUGAGAAAUUGCUAAGCUUAAACUUGAAGUCAAGUCAAUUAGAAGGCUCACCGAGCCCUGGACCCCGAGGUUAUUGCUUGGCUACAAGCAAGCAAAUGGUGGGGCUCUUCUUGUGCGUCUGGGUUCGAGCACAUCUUUAUAAGCACAUCAGCAACAUGAAGGUCUCAUUCGUUGGCCGUGGCAUUAUGGGAUAUCUUGGAAAUAAGGGUUCCAUUUCGAUCAGCAUGACAUUAUAUCAGACAACAUUCUGCUUCGUUUGUACGCACUUGACUUCCGGGGAGAAGGAGGGUGAUGCGGUCAGGAGAAAUUCAGAUGUCACUGAAAUUCUAAAGAGAACAAGGUUCUCCCAUACUUGUUGCAGAGCUCCUCAAAAUAUACUUGACCAUGACAAGGUCAUUUGGCUUGGAGACUUGAGUUAUCGCCUCACAGCUGGUUGUGGUGACACAGGUGAGCUGUUACUGGAGAACGAAUGGCAAGCACUUUUGGAGAAAGAUCAGCUGCAGAUAGAGCAAAAGGCUGGUUGAAUAUUUAAAGGGUGGGAAGAAGGGAGGAUAUAUUUUGCUCCAACUUACAAAUACCGGACCAAUUCAGAUCAUUACGCUGUUCAAACCUCCAAUUCUAAGGAGAAACGGCGUACCCCUGCCUGGUGUGAUCGUAUUCUGUGGAAAGGAGAAGGUCUGAAGCAGAUGUCGUACGCUAGAGGGGAGUCCAGGUUCUCAGACCAUAGACCUGUUUAUUCAUUGUUAUCAGUCCAAGUUGAUUUGGUUCGCGAGAAGAACAAAAUCGUUACAAGGUACUGCCCUCCAAGAUGUUCUAAAAGUGCUGCACAUUCAUCAGCGGCAGCUUCCAUUGCCAAAGUUCAAGUUGAGGAACUUUUGGCAAUCCCCGGUGAUGAAAGCUGUGACGUAAACGGGGUUCAAACAGGUGGUUUGGAUUUGGGAAUCGGCAAUGAGAAAACCGUAACAGAAUGCAGUUAUUAGCGAUUGGCGAAUGCAAAAUACCAUUGAUGUCUCCAGCAUCACCCGGCAUUUUUACGGGUUUGGGACAGAAAAUGAGGUGGAAUCGAUUAUUGGACACGCCAUAAGAACCUUUUGAGACCUUCCCCUGUCUGCUUUAAUGAUGGAAAUACAUUAAAUAGCUACAGCUGGAUGUGACUGUGUAGCUUUCUCCAGGCCUUGCGGUGGCGGAAACGCUGGAUCGCCAUUUUUUAAAAAAUCAUCUGGGCAUGACGUGCGUGCAUUUUUGCAAUUGGCAUGCCCGAUGUUGGACAUGGGAUGAUUGGUUAUGGAGAUUGAAGGAAAAAGACAUUGACCAACUGACAAAGAAGGGAAGAGUUGCACUUUAAUUUUCUCUAUCUGUGUCUUGUCCUUGUCAAGUAUUUUUUUGGAUAGGAAUCUUUGUGGGAUGGAAAAGGGGUGAAGAUUUGAAGGAUGAACUUAAGAUCCUGCACCUGCAGACACAAGUCUUUGUGUGUUUUUGGUGUAAAUUUUUGGUAUAUCCUCAAGUUUUCUGAAACGUUUUUAGAAUCAUCAUUUGAAAUAGCAAAGCGAUUCUUCAAUCUAAUUAAUUAAUAUGUUUGUUUAAUAGAGUUAGUUUGUUAGUGAGCA